GCGCGCCCGCGGCAGGCGGAAGUGGGCGGUUCGUCGGCGCGGUGCUCUGUUGUUUGGGGUUUGAGCUGGUGGAGGGGCGUUCUCCGGACGGACGGCCGCCGGGGUAGGCCGCGCUGACAGGGCCGCCGCCCCGCCGCUUCUCGCCCUGUGCUCCGUGCGCCCGCGCUCUCCUCGUCCCGCAGGCCCCAACAUGGCGCAGGAGGUGUCGGAGUAUCUGAGCCAGAACCCGGGAGUGGCCGCCUGGGUGGAGACGCAGCGCUGCGACGGCGAGACGGACAAACACUGGCGCCACCGCCGGGAGUUUCUGCUUCGCAACGCGGGCGACCUGGUCCCCGCGCCCGACGAGGCUGCGGAGAGCGGGGCGCGCAGUCGGCAGCUGCAGCAGCUCGUCUCCUUCUCCAUGGCCUGGGCAAACCACGUCUUCCUGGGGUGCCGGUACCCUCAAAAAGUUAUGGAUAAAAUUCUUAGUAUGGCUGAAGGCAUCAAAGUGACAGAUGCUCCAAUCCAUACUACACGAGACGAACUGGUUGCCAAGGUGAAGAAAAGAGGGAUAUCGAGUAGCAAUGAAGGGAUAGAAGAACCAUCCAAAAAACGAGCCAUAGAAGGAAAAAAUAAUUCUUCAGUUGAGCGAGAUCAUGGAAAGAAAUCUGCAAAAACAGAUCGUUCUUCAGCUCAGCAGGAAAACAGUUCAGCGUCUGCAGGGUCCUCUACCAAAUCAGAGAGCAGUGGGACCUCGGCUCGGAGCAGCUCUGGCGUCUCUAAUCAGACUAGCUCUGAGAGUGAAGGAGAUAGACCUGCCUGCAGCCAAAGCAGCAGCAGCAGCAAUUCCUCUCAGGUAACAGCAGCAGGGUCUGGAAAAGCUUCUGACCCAGACGCUCCAGAUAAACAUGCAGCAGCGUUUGUUUCUUCAUUGUUGAAGUCAAGUAUGAAUAGUCAUAUGACCCAGUCCACUGAUUCCAGACAGCAGAGUGGAUCACCAAAAAAGAGUGCUCUAGAAGGUUCGUCAAUCUCAGCUUCUCAGAGCAGCUCAGAGAUUGAGGUUCCCUUGUUGGGUUCCUCUGGAAGCUUAGAAGUAGAGUUGCCAUUACUGUCUUCUAAGUCUAGUUCAGAGACCGCUUCAAGUGGCUUAACAUCCAAAACUAGUUCAGAGGCAAAUAUUUCACCAUCAGUUUCUAAAAACAGUUCCUCAUCAGGCACCUCUUUACUAACUCCCAAGAGCAGUUCAACAACUACAUCACUUCUGGCUUCCAAAACCUCUUCUCAGGUAGCUGCAUCACUGUUAGCUUCCAAAAGCAGCUCCCAGAGCAGUGGAUCUAUGGCUUCCAAAAGCACUUCCUUAGCAAGCAUGUCUCAGCUAGCUUCUAAGAGUAGUUCUCAGAGUAGCGCCUCACAGUUGCCUUCUAAAGGUACCUCACAGUCCAGUGAGAGUUCUGUCAAAUUCUCUUGUCGAAAGUUAACCAAUGAAGAUAUAAAACAGAAGCAACCUUUCUUCAAUAGACUGUAUAAAACAGUGGCAUGGAAGUUAGUAGCUGUUGGUGGCUUUAGCCCCAACGUGAAUCAUGGAGAGCUGCUAAAUGCAGCUAUUGAGGCUCUGAAAGCAACACUGGAUGUGUUUUUUGUCCCACUAAAAGAACUGGCAGAUCUGCCUCAAAAUAAGAGCUCUCAAGAAAGUAUUGUUUGUGAAUUGAGGUGUAAGUCGGUGUAUUUGGGCACUGGCUGUGGGAAAAGCAAAGAAAAUGCGAAAGCAGUUGCAUCGAGAGAAGCACUGAAGGUAUUUCUCAAGAAGAAGGUGGUGGUGAAGAUAUGUAGAAGGAAGUACAGAGGCAGUGAGAUAGAAGACCUAGUGCUCCUUGAUGAAGAGUCAAGACCUCUGAACUUGCCUCCAGCAUUGAAACAUCCUCAAGAAUUACUGUAACCACUGCAUCCAGGAUCUGGUGUUGGAAGAGAAAAACUGGCUUUUAUAGAAUAUAAAACACUGGCUUUCACAGAUUUUUGUAUUGCUUUUUUCCAGUUUUGCAGAAAAUUUAAAUUCUAGUUCUCUUCACUAAAGUAGAAGUUGUAAAUAAUUUAUGAAUGGCAGUGUAUAUUAAAGGGUAUACAUUGACAGCA